AGAAAUUCAACGUCCGAAAGUUGUGUCCAGUUCCGCAACAAAAAAUGGGCAGUCAAUGAAAUUUCUUGAUGUGUAUCUAAAUAUAUUACGGUAGAAGAAUUCGCCCACGAUAUUCAAAUCUAGACUGAAAUACUGAAAUGGCAAUAUUUUAUCACUUAAUUGGUAGUUGGUACCAAAUAAACCGUGCUCCGGAACCUAACGUGAGAGAGAGAGAGAGAGAGAGAGAGAGAGAGAGAGAGAGAGAGAGGGGCCAUGCUUGAAAUGAGGGAGAGACAUCCAGUGCAUCAAAACUAAAAAUAGACGCAACUUCCGGACCAUUAAACUUCUCUACCUAACCUGCAUGGCUCCUUUCAACCAGCCAUUGAACAUACAAUUCAUCAACUAUUUUCCAUGGUUUUCCAUUGUGUACAUGCUUUUCACCUUCGGGUGCAGGUGAAAACGUUUAAUCUUCGUAGUUGAACAAAACAAUUGAAAGAAAUUAUGAAGAGCUAGCAUUUAUCUUUUUCUGAAGUUUUAAGGUAUUUCUAGAGAAGAAGAUGGAACCUUCGUACUUAUCAAAGAAAUCGUCGACGUCGCCGUUGUCUGGGCGGCCGCCUCAGCAGGCAGUGAAAUUUGCGCGACGCACGUCAAGUGGCCGAAUUGUGAACUUGUCCCAAGACGAUCAUGACUUGGACAUGUCGGGCGAGUUUUUAAGCCAAAAUGACUACAUGAAUUACACGGUAAUGCUGCCGCCUACACCAGACAACCAGCCUGGUGCAGCCUCUGGUUCCAAGCCAAAUGCUCCCCAACGGAGGCGCGUUGGGGAUCAAGAGGAAGGUGGGUAUGGAGGCAAUAGCGGGGACGCUAAAGCCGAGGCAGCAAAGAUGGACAGGAGGAUGUCAGUGGUGAAAUCUUCCAACGACAAAUCAAUGCUGUUGAGAAGCCAAACUGGGGACUUUGAUCACAACCGGUGGUUGUUUGAGACAAAGGGAAAGUACGGCAUUGGUAAUGCUUUUUGGUCAGAACAAGAGGAUAAUUAUGGAUCGGAAGGAGGGAUGAGCAUGUCGGAUUUUUUGGACAAGCCAUGGAAGCCACUCACUAGGAAGCUCAAGAUUCCAGCUGCUAUUCUCAGCCCCUACAGGCUACUUGUGGUGAUCCGGAUGAUAGUUCUAGCCUUCUUCCUCGCAUGGCGUAUACAGAACCCCAACCCAGAUGCAAUGUGGCUGUGGGGCAUGUCCAUUGUUUGCGAGGUUUGGUUUGCCUUCUCAUGGCUUCUGGAUAUUCUCCCCAAGCUGAACCCCAUCAACAGAGCUACUGACCUUACUGCCCUCAGUGACAAGUUCGAACAGCGCUCCCCGUCCAACCCUAGUGGGCGGUCUGACCUCCCUGGGGUUGAUGUUUUCGUCUCCACAGCUGACCCUGAAAAGGAACCUCCUCUUUUCACAGCCAAUACAAUUUUGUCCAUCCUUGCUGCUGAUUACCCGAUCGAGAAGCUCUCAUGUUACAUUUCAGAUGAUGGUGGUGCCAUUCUAUCCUUUGAGGCCAUGGCCGAGGCCGUUAACUUUGCCGAGGUUUGGGUGCCCUUUUGCCGCAAACACAACAUCGAACCAAGGAAUCCAGAAAGUUACUUCAGUAGUAAAACUGACCCGACGAAGAAUAAGAAACGUCCAGAUUUUGUCAAGGACCGCCGUUGGAUCAAGAGAGAGUACGAUGAAUUUAAGGUCAGGAUCAAUGGUCUCCCUGAAGCUAUACGUAAAAGGAGCGAAAUGUAUAACUCCAAGGAGGAAAUGAAGGAGAAGAAACUUGCCCGAGAGAAGAAUGGUGGGGUGUUGCCACUAGACCCAAUUAGUGUCAACAAAGCCACAUGGAUGGCCGACGGGACACACUGGCCCGGAACAUGGCUCAACCCUAUGGCCGACCAUGCUAAGGGAGACCAUGCCGGAAUUUUGCAGGUGAUGAGUAAGGUCCCGGAAAAUGAACCAGUGAUGGGUCAUCCGGACGAGAAACGAUUGGACUUCACCGGGGUUGACAUUCGGCUGCCAAUGUUUGCGUAUGUCUCGAGAGAGAAGAGGCCAGGGUUUGACCACAACAAGAAGGCUGGAGCCAUGAAUGCCAUGGUUCGAGCUUCUGCAAUAUUGUCCAACGGGCCAUUCAUACUCAAUUUGGAUUGUGACCAUUAUAUAUAUAAUUCUCAAGCUAUAAAGGAAGGAAUGUGCUUUAUGAUGGACCGUGGUGGUGACAGGAUAUGCUACAUACAGUUUCCACAAAGAUUUGAAGGAAUUGAUCCGUCUGACCGAUAUGCGAACCAUAACACUGUCUUCUUUGAUGGAAAUAUGCGAGCUUUAGAUGGUCUACAGGGCCCAGUGUAUGUGGGAACUGGUACUAUGUUCCGACGACAUGCACUAUAUGGGUUCCACCCACCAAGGGCAAACGAGUACUCAGGUGUAUUUGGGCAAGUAAAAUCCCAAGCUCCAAAUGUUGUCAUGCAUUCACAAUCUCAAUCGGAGGACUUGGAUGACUCAGAGAUGCAGCCCCUCGCAUCACACCCUGACUUGAACCUGCCAAAGAAAUUUGGAAACUCAACUAUGUUCACAGAGUCCAUAGCCAUUGCCGAGUACCAAGGUCGACCACUUGCCGAUCACAUUUCUGUAAAGAAUGGUCGUCCUCCAGGGGCGUUGCUCCUGGCUCGUCCACCACUUGAUGCACCCACUGUUGCUGAGGCAGUUGCUGUCAUCUCCUGCUGGUACGAGGACAAUACCGAAUGGGGAGACAGGAUAGGUUGGAUUUAUGGAUCAGUGACGGAGGAUGUGUUGACUGGUUACAGGAUGCACAACCGUGGGUGGCGUUCUGUGUACUGCAUCACGAAGCGCGAUGCCUUUCGAGGCACGGCACCUAUCAACCUUACUGAUCGUCUACACCAGGUCCUACGAUGGGCCACUGGUUCGGUGGAAAUAUUCUUCUCUCGAAACAAUCCACUUUUUGGAACCAAGCGCCUCAAGUUCCUACAGCGCAUUGCAUACCUCAACGUUGGCAUCUACCCUUUCACCUCCGUCUUCUUAGUUAUAUACUGCUUCCUCCCUGCACUGUCUCUCUUCUCGGGACACUUCAUCGUUCAAAGUCUAAAUAUUGCUUUCCUUUCCUAUCUCCUUGUCAUUACUCUUUGUCUCACUCUCAUCUCCCUCCUGGAAGUGAAGUGGUCCGGUGUUGGGCUCGAGGAAUGGUGGCGAAAUGAACAAUUUUGGGUCAUCGGUGGCACGAGUGCUCACCUUGUUGCCGUGCUCCAAGGCCUCCUAAAAGUAAUAGCAGGUAUCGAAAUCUCUUUCAAGUUAACCUCCAAGUCCGCCGGCGAAGAUGAAGAUGACAUAUAUGCAGAUCUCUAUAUCGUCAAGUGGACAAGUCUCUUCAUAAUGCCACUAACAAUCAUAGUGAUCAACAUAAUUGCUGUCGUUAUUGGGUUCUCCAAGACCUUGUACAGUGUGAUACCACAAUGGAGUAAGCUCCUGGGAGGAGUAUUCUUCAGCUUCUGGGUGUUGGCUCACAUGUACCCUUUUGCCAAAGGGUUGAUGGGGAGGAGAGGAAGAGUGCCCACGAUUGUAUACGUGUGGUCGGGGCUGGUUUCAAUUACAGUCUCCUUGCUUUGGAUUGCCAUUAGUCCCCCAGAUGAUAGUCGCAAUACCUCUGGCGGAAGUGUUAAUAUAUAACAACCGGGAUAAGAUGAUUACAAAUUAACCCAUGAAAAUACCUUAGAUUCUCUCCGUUUCUUUUUUUUUUUUCUUUUUAUAAGUUUGUUUUUUCAGAAUAUGAGCAGACUUUGUAUUUUAGUUUCAUCAUUAGAUUGAAAAAUGACUUUUUUCUA